AUGGCGGACGAAGAUGAUGUACGUGUUCUCACAGAAGAAGAGAAGGUAAAACUUGAAGAUGAUAGCAAGAUUGUUUCAAAAUUUAAACAGAAUAAGCUAGAAAAAGAAGCCCAAAAAAAUUGGGAUUUAUUUUAUAAAAGAAACGCUACAAACUUUUUCAAAGAUAGACACUGGACUACUGCAGAAUUCAAAGAGCUGUUAUGUGAAAGUAGAAAUGGUGAGGUAAGUGUGUUGUGCUAAAUUACAGAAUUAGAAAAGGAACAAAUCUAUUUAUGGUGGAAUGAAGAGGACUUUGACUGAGUGUUGUACAAGUGGAACCAAAGUAAUCACAACAGCAAAUCAGAGUAGAGGAAAAUUCCAUAAGGAGCCAAUAAGAACUCAGAUUAAAAACAACCAAAAUGCAGAAUUGGUCAAUUUACCAAACAUGACUGGUUUUGAUUUUGCAAGAGGGUGGAUAAAUUUUUUUGACCAAUAACAAAGUGUUUUUUUGGGAAAUCUAAAUGCUAUAUUAGAUAACUUUCAUCAUUCAGUUAAAACUUGUGUCCACAGGGAGAGAAUAAUUUAAUUCCAUUAGAAGAGGAAUGUGCUUGGUUGUUUUCAAAUAACACAAGAAAUCUGGGGACAAAUGAGAAAGAAAAAAGCAUGGGAGAACUAAGGAGGGUAAUGACCCUCUUUUCUUAUGAAUCCUACAAAAUAACUUAGGCAGUUCUCCAUCACCCACUUGUACUCCUCUUCUCCUUUCCUUUGACUUCAGCCUGGCACAGGCAGAGUUGAAAUGAUGUGAUUAAUUUUGGUCAAGACAUAUAAGUUUGAAACUGUGUGAGAUUGGUUACAAAAAGUCAAUUCUUGAUGCAUGAGAAGCUGUGAUUGCUCUCCAAAUCUAAAUCUAAAUUUUCUUUAUUGAAAUCAAGUCAGAUUUUGUUACAAGCAAAGUUUUAUUGGAGGCUGGAUGUGGUGUUGGAAAUCUCUUCUAUCCAUUACUUGAAGAAAUCCCAAAUCUCUUCAUUCAUGCAUGUGAUUUUUCAAAAAGAGCCAUUGAUUUUGUGAAGGUAAGAACUUUUAGCAAAUUUGGAGACCAUGUGGGGAAUGGAUAAAGGGGAUAAGUUUCUGAAGAAACUGUGGUGCUGCAUUAGUGGGAGAGUAUAACAGGUAAUUUGGUGUUAACAACUGGGUUGAAAACGUAAAUUAGCCACCGUAAAGAGUUUAGAGGGUCAGCCCUUUGUCUAUUGCUUUGAAAAUAGGCUGACGCUCAAAACGUCAGCCUUUAAACUUUUUAUGGUGGCUAAUUUACGUUUUCAACUCAGUUGUUAACGCUGAAUCAUAUGUAGGGAAUGGUUAGGGUACUCCUUAGAAUCUUAAACACUAAGUAUUUAAUUUUAUUCAUAUGGUUUACACUUUAUUAAUGGAGGAGAGAAAAAGUGUAUUGUUCCUGCAUCGUAAUUAUGAUCAUAUAAUUACUUGUGCAGUAUAAUUAUAGCUUGAAAAGAUUGGUAAUUCAGAUUCAACCAAAUAAAGUUGCCUUGAUUGAUUGCUCUGAAAAAUAAUACUGAUUGACAGAUUAGGUGACCCCUUUCAUCCCUUCCAAGAUCUCAUAAGUGAUUCUCCUUGCUGUCUGUCAUAUAGUUUUUCUGAUGUUAGUCUAGAGAAUUUGGUAUUAGAUCAACUUAUAAUUCUCUAAUUAAUAAUUUUCUUUAUUCUCAUCACUUGUCUGCUUGAUAUUGUAUGGAUAUUGUAAGGAGAAAUUCUGUCUUGGUCACUCAGGGGAGUUAAAGGGUUUACAAUUUUUGUUUGUUUUUUUGUCUAGGAACAUCCUGCUUUUAGUGAAGAAAAAGUAAAUGCCUUCCAUUGUGACCUAACAGUGGAUGCUUUAGAGUCACAUGUGCCAAAAUGUAGUGUGGACAUUGCAACUUUGGUGUUUGUCCUGUCUGCCGUCCAUCCAGAUAAAAUGUUGACUGUUCUUCAAAAUGUAAUACAGGUAAAACAGUAAACUGAAGUGAUUGCGUUUUUUUUUUCUCAAACAUUAUUCUCAAAGUUCACCCACAAAGUAAACAGAUAAUUAAUAUGGCUUUAGACUGGUUUUUCUGGGUUGUAUGAGCGUUCUCCUGAGGCACAGAUGGCUGGUAUUUUUACAGUCUUACUUGUUUCUGAGGUGUCAGUUACUUAACUCCCAAGAUCUGAUUGUUAAUUCUUCCCUCUAGCUACUACACAUUUCCUUGUAAAUUGGUUAUGAGAAUUUGGUGGUCAAUCAAAGUAAUAUCUUGUACCUGAUGAGUUUGAGUAUUCUCAUCACCUGUUUGCUGAAUAAUGUAUGAAUAUUAUAGGGAGAAGUUCCAUGUUAAUCAAUUCUGCAAGUUAGAGUGUUAAGUAAGACAAAACACUUAAAUACUUGUCUUGAUCUUGUUAAGGUAUCCUGUCACAGUUUGGUUAGGAAAAGACACAGUCAACUUUGACACAGUAAACGAUUCAUUUUUACAAAUAUUUUUUAUUUUAUUUUCAUCCAAAUAAGGUUCUCAAACCAGGUGGAUUGCUGUUCUUUCGUGAUUAUGGGUUGUAUGACCAUGCUAUGUUAAGAUUUAGUCCUGCAAACAAACUCUCAGAUAACUUUUAUGUCAGACAAGAUGGCACUAGAGCUUAUUAUUUUUCAAAAGGUAAGCUGAAGUCCUCUUUCCAUCUUUGUCCUUUUCAUAAAUUCACAUCUUCUUUGUUUGUCCCUCUUUUAUUUCUAAAAAAAAUAUAUAUAUGUUUUUGCAUGUGUUUAUUUUACAAUAAAUUGUUGGCAACUGAAGGAAGAGGGGGCACAAUAGAAAUAGGGGCUUAUUGGGGAGGGGGGUUUAUCAGAGAGGGAGAUGUUCUAGACAAAGAUGCUUUAUAGGGAGGAGGACUUUAUUUAAUGGGGGUCUUGAUUGAUCGUAGGGCUCAAUGGAGAGGGGGGUUUAUUUAUAAUAUAGAACAGGGCUUAAUAGAGAGAAGGGUUAUUUGGGAUGGGACUCUUAGGGGAAGGAGGUGUAACAGAGAGGGGGAAUUUUUAGAUAGGGAGCUUAAUAUAGAACAGGGCUUAAUAGAGAGGAGGGUUAUUUGGGACGGGACUCUUAGGGGAAGGAGGUGUAACAGAGAGGGGCUUAAUGGAGAGGGGGAAUUUUUAGAUAGGGAGCUUAAUAUAGAACAGGGCUAAAUAGAGAGGAGGGUUAUUUGGGAUGGGACUCUUAGGGGAAGGAGGUGUAACAGAGAGGAGGGCUUAAUGGAAAGGGGGAUUUAUUAGAUAGGAGACUUGAUAUAGAACAGGGCUCAACAAAGAGGGGGUUAUUUGAGAUGGGGACUCUUACAGGAAGGAGGCUUAAUAGAGAGGGGGACUCAGGACUUAGCAGGGGACCUAUCAGAUAGGAGGCUUAAUAUAGAACAGGACUUGAGGAUGCUUAUUCAAGGGAGGAAGGCCUAUUAGAAACUAGAGAAGUCCCAGAGUGGUGGGGUUAUUAGAGAAGGGGCUUGAUAAAGAGCUGUGGGGAGGAAUUGGUGGAGAGUGAACCCUCAGAUAGGGGGCUCAUUAGCAAGGGGCUUGCUAGAACGUAUGUCAUUGGUAACUUUCUUUCUCUUUUUUUCUCCCAUUGUAAAAAAAAAAGACAACUUGAUGCCAAUCAUUGAAAAUUUUUCUUCCCCUGUUACAGUGCUUUUUCUUGUUUUGCUCUUACAGAUCUUGUUGAAACACUCUUCCAUCAAGCUGGAUUUGAAACAUUAGUCAAUGAUUAUGCUCACAGGAGGACUGUUAAUAAAAAGGAAGGAGUUGAUGUACCAAGGAUAUUUGUACAAGCUAAAUUUAGAAAACCAGGAAAACCUGGAUGA